GUGACACAACAUAUGGGUUUAAAAUAGUAUGGUUAUUAUAAUGGAAACUUACACUGUAACACUAACACAAGGUUUCAAAAUUUAUGACUUUGUUUUUUAUUAAUGGUUAAAUACCAAAUAAGUUAAAUAUCAUCGGUCUCGUUAACCAUGGUACUGUUUCUUUGAGCAAUUUCAUUGUGUGGGUGUUGGUACUUUGUCAACAGCAGACAGUCGACGUGUUUAUGUUUAUUUUGAGUUUUUGAGUUUUUGAAUUAGAAACUUGAAUGUGUACGUUUUAAUGUAAAAAAAGGAUUGUCCCCUCUGUUUAAUUGCAUAAUCUUGUUAAAAGGUUAGGCAUACAAUGGUUAGGAAAGCCAAGACUCUUACAGGGGACAUUGUUGAAUCAUUUUAUGGCGUUUACUUGCUUUUCUGUGUAAAUCCGCGGUUUAAGGGUCGGACAUACAUUGGAUUCACAGUUGACCCAAAUAGACGCAUUGAGCAACACAAUCUCGGUAAAGAAAAGGGUGGAGCAUGGCGAACUCAUAAUAAAGGUCCCUGGAACAUGGUCUUGACUGUUCAUGGCUUUCCUAAUGAAAUAUCUGCAUUACGAUUUGAAUGGGCUUGGCAACAUCCACAGCGCUCUCGCCGACUCAAGCAUGUCUGUGCUAAAAAGUCAAAAGAGCCAGCAUAUGAUUAUGCCUUACGUGUGCUCUCUGAGAUGUUGUGUGUUGGUCCUUGGUGCAGACUUCCCCUAACCAUACGAUGGCUCCUACCAGAAUAUGCAAGGCAGUUUCCGUCAACCAGUACUCCUCCUUUGCAUAUGGCUAUCUGCUACGGACCUGUUGUCAGCAAAAAAAUACCACCGAAAGACAAGAAUAUUGAGUCUAAUAAAGAAGAAUUACAGGACUUGCCGGUCAUCUUAUGCGAAAUAUGUAAAAUGCCAUGUGCCAAAGAUGAAAUUAUGAAAUGUUUGUCACAAUCCUGUUCUAUGAAGGCACAUGCCAUAUGUUUAGCCAAAACAUUUCUAACAGAUGACCAAGAUCAUCUUGUUCCUAUUUCAGGUUCUUGCCCUGGGUGUGAUAUUAACAUAUUAUGGGGGGACUUAGUUCGGAAAAAGAAGGGAUGCUACGAGAAUUUAGGGGAGCAAGAAGACAUCUGUAGUUUAUCUGAUUAUGAAAUUGAAGUGAACUAAAUAAUAAAUAUUAUAAAUGUAAGCUUUUAAUGUUCGGAAUGGUGAACAUGAAUUGUACUUUAUAUUUUGUACUCUAGUCAUAUUACAUGUACUUAUGCUUUUUAAGAACCUUUACAUUCUUAUCAGUCCUUAUUAAUAUCAUUUUAUUUUUAUUUGUGUUAAUUUGUAAAUUUAUCAAAUAAAAGAUGCUAUCAUACCAAA